CCAGAAGCAUAACCUCAAAUAAUUUUUUCCGGAAAGGCUUUGGAAAAUGCUGAGUUUGAGAAUUUUUAUUAAAAAUAGUGUAAAGGCGAAUAUUCCUGUAGUGACUGCCUUUCAUACGUCGUCAGUGGAAUGGGCAGCUCGCAAAGGAACCAGGGAAAAGGCUAAAAAGAAGAAAGUCAAGGUAGAAGUGAAGAAAGUCGGGUUCAUCCCUCAUAACCAGAGAAACAAGGACAAACUAGUCACAAGUGUUAUCAACAAGCAUUAUGAUGAUUCCUGGAAGCAAACACCCUUCGAUGAUGUCUAUGUGGGCAGGUACUACAAAUGGAAGGUUUAUCCAUUCCGGGAGGCUGUGGAAUGCCACCGGGAAACUCAUCACCGUACAAUGUACAAUGUACCCAAUGCCAGUCUCAAUGUGCACAUUGAGUUGAAUAUGGUGGCUGAGAAGAAGACCCGGCAUAUUGAGAAUUUCUAUCGAACCGUCAAGAUUGAUCAUAGCUUUGACCAAGGAGUCGAUCGGCAGAUCAUUGUCUUCACAAAGACCAAAGAGAGUGCCAAGGAGGCAAUGGCAGCAGGAGCAAGUCUUGCUGGUGGGUCAGAACUUAUUAAAGACGUUCAGAAUGGGGAAUUGCAGCUCAGUGACUAUCAGUAUGUUCUGGCACAUCCGGAAAUCCUGCCGGAAUUGGUGACUCUCAGAGGAUUGAUGAAGAAGAAGUUCCCUAACCCUAAGAAUGGUUCUCUGGGAGUUGAUAUCCCAUCAAUGGUGCAGCAUUUCAAGAAUGGCAUUGAAUAUUCUGCCAUCAGGGAUGAGAAUCAGCUGGAUUUUGGAUUGAUAACCACCUCAAUUGGAACGCUCAACAUGGACAUUGAGCAUCUGGAGAAGAAUUUGAUCUGCCUCCUCAAAGACAUUGACAGUGUGAGGCCGAAGAGAGAUGGAAGGUUUAUCACGAGAGUUCUCCUUAAAUCUCCUCCAUCGACUGAACAAUUCAAAAUUGAUCCCUUCCUCUAUGUCAGCGAAAUAGCUGAGAAGUUCGCCGCGAAGGAGGACACGGAAGCAGAAGAGAAAGACGAAGAGGCUCAAGCUGUUCAGUAAACUGCUCUUCCGGCAAUUAGUAGGUUCAUACUUUGCCUUCAACUUCGCGAAAGAGACACAUUUAGUCUCGCGAUAAUUGUGAAUGAAACAGUGACUUCAUUGUUGUAGGUAAUAAAUAAUGUUUACAGAAGCA